UCUGACUAAUCAAAAAGGUCAAAGAAAAAAGAGUCUCAAUUCUGCAAAAAGAUUCUGAAAAGCAUGGGCUCUUUGUGCUCUUUCUUAGCUUCCUUUUCUCUUUUGAUUAUGGUACUCUCUCUGGCUCAUGGGCAGCCUUUGGUUCCUGCCUUGUUCCUAUUUGGAGACUCUGUUGUGGAUGCUGGUAAUAACAACAAUGUCAAAACCAUAAUCAAAGCCAACUUCCCUCCUUAUGGAAGAGACUUUUCCAACCACAAGCCAACUGGGAGGUUCUGCAAUGGAAAGCUUGCUUCAGACUUCACUGCUGAAAACCUUGGCUUUACUUCCUACCCACCAGCGUAUCUUAGCAAAGAAGCUGCAGGAAAAAACCUCUUGAUUGGUGCCAAUUUUGCCUCAGCUGGUUCUGGUUAUUAUGACUCUACAGCAAAAUUAUAUCAUACUAUUUCACUAAAUCAGCAGCUGGAGAACUACAAGGAAUAUCAAAACAAGGUGGUGGGAAUUGCAGGAAAGGCCAAUCUUACAUCAAUCAUAUCUGGUGCUAUCUACCUUGUUAGUGCUGGAAGCAGUGACUUUGUUCAGAACUACUACAUUAAUCCUCUUCUUUACAAGGUCUACACAGCCAACCAGUUCUCUGACAUUCUCAUUCAAUCUUAUGCAAAAUUUAUUCAGAAUCUAUAUGUAUUGGGAGCAAGGAAAAUUGGAGUGACCACAUUGCCACCACUAGGAUGCUUGCCAGCAGCCAUCACAAUAUUUGGGGCGGAUAGCAAUGAGUGCUUGGCUAAAUUUAACAUUGAUGCUGUCUCAUUUAAUAACAAGCUCAAUGCCACAUCUCAGAACUUGCAAAAGCAACUUUCUGGUCUCACUUUGGUCAUCUUUGAUAUCUACCAACCUCUCUACAACCUUGUCACAAAGCCUGCCGAAAAUGGGUUCUUUGAGGCAAGGAAGGCGUGUUGUGGAACAGGCCUGGUAGAAACAUCAAUACUGUGCAAUGCCGAGUCAAUUGGCACGUGCGCCAAUGCAUCAGAGUAUGUGUUUUGGGAUAGUGUUCAUCCUUCGGAAGCUGCAAACAAAGUUUUAGCCGAUGAUUUGCUGAGCAGUGGCAUCUCCCUCAUAUUCUAAAUUAAAUUAUUUAAUUUUUCCUGUUUAAUUUCGAAUUUACAGUUAAUUAAUUGGUGUUGGGCCUGUUGGCUGCUUGUGUGCUUG